AAAACCCACCCACAAGAAGAAUCAUGUACUAAAACCUUUCAAGACAGAACUCCUAAAAAUGUGGCAUAUACUAUGGAUACCAGUUCUCAUACCGACUCUAAUAAUUAAGUCAAACUGCGAUAAUAAUCGAACCCACACCGACGUUUACAUCCAAUACUCCGGACACGCCGAGGCAGAUCUACCUGACACUAUACCAGAUACAACCAAAAAAACAACGACAACUACAUCAACAACAACGACUUUAAAACCUAGUGUAAAAACAACCGUUUUCACAGUGACAACUCCUAACAAAACUGUUGAAACAACGGUUUUAACAACUGUACCGACAACUGAAUCUACAACUCCUAAAACAACGACUUUAAAACCAGUUAAAACGACAACUGUUAAGUUUAGUGAGGAGGUAACUGAUCCAGUCCUCUUUGUACCAAAUGUAGGGAGUGCAAGGAGGGACGACGGGUAUCUAGAUGGAAUUAAAAUCAAAGAUUUACUUAUGAUGACACCGCUGCCUGAAGUUAUGAAUAACAGAUUUCAUGAUGAAAAGACUCUUGAUGCACAAAAAGAGGACGUCGUGUUUGUAGUGGGGAAGAACGGUGAAGGGAACUCGGAUAAGAAACCAGAUAGAAACACGAACUUCAAUUCUAACCAGGUAGAUGAUUAUGAGGACUCGGAGACCAAAGUCACUCGGAAACCUAGGCUGAUUUGUUCCAAUCUGAAUUGUAAUAACACUAUCAACUCAAUAUGUGGAGGCAAGAUGGUCAACAGAGAAUGGAAAUAUCGACUGUUUCUGAAUGAGUGUUAUUUGAGGAAAGUUAACUGUGGAUUCAAGUAUGAGAUUAACCGAUACAAGCAAGUUCCACCGGACAAAUGUCAGACUGUAGGAGCUCAUCUUGCGGAACGCCCAUUUUCGUUCACACCGAAAAUCUACAAUUUCGAAAAAGCUGAACCGAAGCCAGAAUCGUUUGAUCGUCGAAAAGGCUUCGCUGCGAGACGAUCAAUGUCGAUGGAUGCGAAGGGGCGGUUCUGUUCCCACACCUGCCCAUCAUCGUGUCCAGAGGAUUAUGACCCAGAGUGCGCCAUCUCAGCCACUGGACAGAAACGGGUGUUCAUGAACCAUUGCAAAUUGGACCAGAAUUCUUGUUUUUAUAGUGUCGUAUGGCACAGAAGCCCAUUAUCAGAGUGCGUGGGGGGCGAGAAGGCUCACUUACAUCAGACCAGAGGCUUCGUCGGUUGGAUGCAAAGAGUUGGGAUACUCGACAAAAAAGGACACCUAGUAUUAGAAUAAUCUUAUUAUAACUUUCAUGAGACAUACUAAAUUAAUUAUUAUGUUAUCAGCUUACUCACGUAACUGUUUGACGAGGAACUCGACUAGUUUCAAGCCAUGCUAGACGCUCAUUCAUGAGCAGCAUUCCGCGACACACGACGCGGCGACUGUCGCUACUUGAUUCCCCCUAGUCCUUUCCAUCAUCGAACCACAAGACAAUCGGCGAGGCGUCACCGUUUCAUGUUAGAUAUCCCACCCACUCGCACGAAGCGCUUCGCUUCAAGCUUCCUUGUGCGAACUGCUAGGGAGUGGAACUCCUUGCCGGAGUCUGUGUUUCCUGAUGUGUAUAACCUGGGUGUCUUCAAGGCCCGAGUGAAUAAGUUGCUUAUGGGCAGACGUGCUUCAUCGUAGGCCGCAUCAUCACUUACCAUCAGGCGAGAUAGCGGCCAAACGUCGGCCCAUUUAACAUAAAAAAAAACUACUCGACUCUAGCAUGGCUUGAAACUAGUUGAGUUCCUCGUCAGACAGUUACGUGAGUAAGCUGAUAACAUAAUCAUAAGAAUAAUGGCUUUAUAGUACCCUUAAAUUUUACAAUUUAAGGACCGAGUAGAUAUUGCAUUUUUUUAAGAGUAUGCUGUAUUAUUUAUUGGUCAAUAGUAGCUUAAUCUUUUGUCCUCCGACCUAUGUAUGUGUUUGUGCGCGAUUAUCUCGCGUUUGGUUGAAUCUAAAUAAAAAACCAUCAAUCUGUACAUAAUUUUGAAAAUAAAACAAUUUGCAAACUGCA